AUGUUACGCGUGGGGUCCUGGCUCUAUGGCAAAAAGCCAGCAAACGCGUCUAACCAGUCAUUGGAUUCACUGGUAGAAUUGAAAGACUCGACAACAUGGAUUCUUAACGAUGAUGUUGAUAGUGCAGAAGAAGGACUGGCAAAGGGUCAUUCAGCCUUUCACAAUUUGGGGAGAGGUAUGGUUGCCUUUGUUCGAGCAACUCUGGGAUUUGAACAGGAGAUUAUGAGAGAAGCUUCGGAACGUUUAAGCGAAGCUGAGACUACCGCCGCCAGUGAACAACAACGUGCUCAGAAUAAUGCUAAUGCGCCCAAUGCUUUUCACUCUGAGAUUUACAAUGUCGGCGCAGAGUAUGCACUAUGCCAGGCCAUUGCGCAACUUAUGGGCGCCGUGGUUGGAGUGUUGAAUGAGAGUCUGACCGAGAGUAUCAAGGCGUUUUAUCGACUUCGCAAGGCAUACAUUACUCUGGAUGCCAUUAUGAAAAUGGAAGAGAAGUUUAUGGAAACUCGUGGCUCGCACCCAACCCUCUCUACACGAUCCAGUGAUCUCUCCAAGUUGAGCGCUAGUUCGGGUACGAAAUCACUGGAACCAACCAGUAGGACGUCUUCGAUGAAAGGAUCCCCUGUGACUGCCAAAUCCGUUACCCCGUUGGACACCGAACUCGCGAAAAGUGUCUCUGGACUGGAUAUUGCCUCUGAAACCCCCUCGGAGCCUGUCUCUGGAACAUGCACACCCGGUGGUUCGAACAUCAAUCACGAUCCGGACUCCGAAAUCUUCAAGAAUGAUAUCGACAUCUUUAUUCACUCGGGUGCUAACUUCUGUUUUGGAAUUCUACUCAUUCUUAUCUCCAUGGUUCCUCCAGCCUUCAGCAAGCUGCUUGCUAUCAUCGGCUUCCACGGGGAUAAGCAGCGCGGUUUGAGGAUGCUAUGGCAAGCGAGUAAAUUCCAUAACAUCAUUGGUGCUAUGGCUGGAUUGGCCAUGCUGGCGUAUUACAAUGGAUUUGUCCGUUACUGUGAUAUCAUGUCUGAUCCGACUCCGGGCGAGGGCGAGGACACCGUGGAGGGUUAUCCGGCAGAGAGAUUGACUGCAUUAUUGGCCGACAUGCGCUCUCGCUUCCCGAACAGUCAGCUUUGGUUGUUGGAAGAAUCACGGAUGAUGGGAGCUAACAAGAAUCUUGAGGGUGCAUUGGAACUCCUCGCCAACAGCAAAAAGAGCCCAUUGAAACAAGUGCAGGCCCUUAGUGUAUUUGAGCAGAGUUUGAACGCCUUAUUCUUGCACCAAUAUGUUGUGUGCGCAGAGUCCUUCAUUGAGUGUGUGGAUCUUAACUCCUGGUCUCACGCAUUGUACUACUUCAUUGCCGGAUCAUCCCAUGUUGCACUUUACCGACAACAUCUCAAUGACGACCCCAAAAAAGCACAGGAACAUGCUAAGAUCGCCACUGAGUACCUUCGCAAAGCACCAACAUUGGCAGGCAAGAAGAAGUUCAUGGCGCGUCAACUUCCAUUUGACGUCUUUGUCACUCGCAAGAUCGCUAAAUGGGAAGCCCGAGCUAAGGAGUGGAAUGUCUCACUGGUGGAUGCGAUUGGCGUGGAUCCUAUUGAGGAAAUGAUCUUCUUCUGGAACGGACACAGCCGCAUGACUGAAAGCCAACUCCAGGAAUCCCUGGACCGACUCGCAUGGUGCGAAAGUGACUCAAACAAGAAUUGGUCCCGUGAAGGAGCCGAGGAAAAGGCUAUUCUGGAGCUUCUACGCGCUGCUGUGUACCGAUCUCAGCGUCGACACGAAGAAGCCAAGACUAUAAUCAAGACUAAGGUCUUGAACCAUGAGAAAUCUGUGUUCAAGGGCAAUCUCAAGGAUGACUGGGUCCUCCCCGCUGCGCACUUCGAGAUGGCCGCUAACUUGUGGAUGGAGCGCCCCAAUUACGUCUCUUUGCAUGUAUCUUCGGAGCCCGUGCAGACAUCACAGUCCUCCGAAGAUAAAGCUACUGAGACUACCUCCGGGGAUAACGGUCGGGGAUCACCCGAAUCGGGUAACCCCGAAACUCCGACCAUCACAGAGGCCGAGAGGAAGCUGGUCCGCCAGUGCAAAGAGCAUCUGGAACAAGCAGCUAAAUGGGAUAGCUAUGAGCUGGAUGCUCGAAUUGGUUUGAAAGUGACGGCUGGAAACGAGGCCAUUCGUAAGUGGGAGAGUGCGCACUCGACCUGA